AACACUAUCAAGCGACAACUUGCAGCUGCUUGCGGCAUUCUGUUUCGCGUAAGGUGGAAGUGCCCAGUGCUGAAUUUGUUUCGUGUAUGCAUAAUUCUCAAGUGGUACAAUUUUUGUGAAUCGCUUUGCAAUUUAGUACUAAAAUUCAUUAAAAUGUUGCGUGCGCGUGCUGUGCUACUGCUUAUUUGUCUUAGUGCGGGAUUAUCCCACGGAAUGGAUUGCACGUUCGGAAGCGAUAACUUAUUGGAAAAGAUAAUGUAUAGCUGUCCAGGAUUCUUGCAGUCCUCAGACAAGGCGUACUGUUGCUUUGAUAUUGAGAACGAUAAGCCCUAUUGCUGUACCCAGAAGGAAUUUGCUCUUCAAGCAUCAUGGGUCGUUACCACAGUGAUUAUCGUAGUUGGCAUAGUGCUUGCACUAAUUGCAUUGUGCAUAUCAUGUUUGUGCUUCAUUUUCUGUCGGCGACGCAGAUGUCAGCGGGGAACAGUUUAUGGACAGAUACUACCUACACCGUAUUAUGUUUUCUUCGGAACCAUAGAAGUAUAAUAAUCGUACUGCUUCCUACUACGAAAUAACGAUAAGAUACGAGGUAGAUGAAUGCGUUCAAAAAAAAAAUAUUUUUCACCGCACGAAAUCAGUAUACUAGGGAAACCUAAUACAAACGAAUUAUUGCAUUAGCACUGCGAUGAUCCAUGACUUUUACGCGAAUGCCUUUACGCGUUAUGUUUGACUUUUGCAUACUUAAAAAUGGCAGUCGAACUUAAUUGUGAUUAGUUACAAUGAUAAGUUGAUAAAUGAUUUGAUGUAUGAUAAGCGAAAGGGCAACAUUCCACGAUCAAUUUUUGUACUAAAAGUAUGUUACAUUUUUGUUUCCUUUUUUUUCGUCUUUUUUUCUGUUUCGUGUAUUGUAUAAGAAAUAUGUUAUUAAUUUAAAACGAUUAGGAAAAAUAGGAUAGAUACGCUUGCCACACGAAUGUGUGUUUAUUACAUUAAUAAAUAAAUAGAAACGAUUUUUUUAAAUAUCUUCCGUUAGCGAGAUGAGAUUCGCGAUUCUGAGCAUAUACAUAACACAUAGUUAUAUAGUGUAAAUAUAGAUGUGUUUCGUUUAGUUAUUAAACGGCUACUUAGGGGCACGCGUAUGGAAUAUUUCCGUGUUUGGAAAUUUCAAGAUCCUACUUUUUUUAUGACAGUAUUCCUAAUACGAAAGCAACCGACUUCCACUUACAAACAUAUCAUUUUGUAUGCCUCUUUACAUCGAUACACACGCAUUGAAAGUACACCUAUUCUCCAAUUUACAUAGAAGACCGAUUCCUUGGACGUACUGUGUACAUCGAAACUGAUUGUCAGUAUAAAAACCAUAUAAAUCAUAAUUUACUCGAUUAUUUAACUGAAUUCAAUUAUUUCAACGUAAAAUACAAAAGGGAAAAAAUAUUAGUCCGUUCAUGAAAUAAUAAAUACAUGAAGCUAUAUUUUAUGAUCUUAAUUUUGAUUUCUAAAGAUAGCUUUUUUUUCAAUUUCUUUCAACUUACCUAAACCUGUAACCAGUAAAAAAGCAGUAAUUAUUUACACUAAUCUUUAAGUAUGAUGUUUUAAAUAUGUUCGAUUUGAAACAGAACAACGAUAUACAUAUACAUAUACCUUUGUGUGUGCAACAGAGGGAAAUUCCUCUUCUUAAGUUUAUUGUCAGUGUUAACACACAAACGGUAUUAAAGAAUUACUGUACAUUUUAUGCUGCGUAUAAUUUUUUGUCUUCACAGUUCUUAUUUUUGGUCAUCUGUUACAUUGAAAAUAUAUGGGUGACGAUUAAAUCUGAAGAUCAGGUGUUAAAGAAAAGAAAUCUGAUUAGGAUUCGUAAAUUUUUAUCGUAAAAAUAAAUACUAUCCGAAAUGUUAGAUUAUAUAUUUUCCAAUUAUAUAAGAACAAUAUUUUAGCUUCAUACAUAUUUUCACGAAUAUUUGUCUGGCAUUCAAAGUGUUAAAAAAAAAAGACACCGUGUAAAUGGGGGGAUAGGUGUAUUGUAUCAAUAAUAUUUGUGAUCAAUUAUUUUUAUUUACGAAUUUACUAACGAUAUAACACGAAACGCCUACGAACAUUAUGUAAAAAUGUAAAUUUAAUAAGCGCUUUCUAUUGUAACUUUUGCAAAAUAAAUACCUUUUUAAUGGUUAA